GAGAGCAAAUUAAGUUCAUUAUGCUUAUUUGGUGUUUACCAGGUUUCUGUGAGCAACAGCACAAUUAUCAACAGAGAUAAGGUCCCAGAGAAAAAUGAAUGUUUAGUAGCGCAAAAUAGCCAUUGUUAAUGAUUGGAUGAAUAGCUAUUAGCCUUUUUUAAUAUAACACUAGCAAAAUAGCCUUUUUUGAUGUAAUCGGUUAAAAGUCAUCUUUAAUGUUAUGUUUUUUCAGGAUGUCAGAAUGGCAAGUGGCCCUGGCUUACCGGACAGCCUGGUGCUGGAAAUCUUCUUGCAUCUACCUCAUAAGGCAGUGCUGAGUGCAGGCUUCACCUGUCGUCAGUGGUUUUCUGUGUCACGGGAUGAAUUCCUCUGGAAGGAGCUGUUCUACAACUACUACUGCGUCCCACGCUCUGUGCCUCGCCACCCUGCUGCUGAGUCGUGGUACAGGGAGUUCAAGCGGCUUUAUGACUGCAUUCCCUGUGUAGAGGUUCAGACACUGAAGGAGCAUCAUGAUCAGGUCCUGCAUUUGGCCUUCUCUCACCGUGGACAUCGCUUCUCUUCCUGCUCCAAAGACUGUACUGUUAAGCUUUGGGACACGGAAAGAUCAGAUGGCAACAUCUCUUUGGUUCACAGCUCCAGUAUGCGGCAGUUUAACUGGGGCUACACUCAGUUCUCCCAGUUUAACUCCGACGACACACUGCUGCUGGUGUCAGGGGUAUACCUGGGCCCACAUCCCUCCUCUUCUGGAGAGAUUGCAGUCAUCAGUUUGGAGAACUACACUCUGCUGUCUCGUGUGAGAAAUAAGCCAUAUGAUGUGUUCGGCUGCUGGCUGAAUGAGUCUCACCUGAUCUCUGGUAACCUGCACUGGAUUGGCAACAUGACCUCUUGCUCUGUGCUCUGGCUCAACAAAGCCUUCCAGGACAUUGAGUCAGAAAAUGUGAAUGUAGUAAAGCGUCUGUUUAAGAUCCAGAACAUCAAUGCCAGCACUAUCCGCACAGUGAUGGUGGCCCACUGCCGUCGACACGAAUCUCCGGACCUCCUUCUGGACUAUGAAGCUCAAGCUCAGCGGACACAGCAGCACCAGCCUCUCUUCUUUGAUCUGGGAAACACAGACAGUGAAGAUGAGGAGGAUGAGGAGCGAGGAGCAAAAAGAGUUUCAGCACAUCUGCCCCCAUUUAAACCAUCCGCGAUUCAGCAUGUUAUACAUGGUCAUCAGAGCAUAGCUGCCUGUGAACGAGAGUUGGAGACAAAGGUGGCCAGGUUGAUGGGCAGCAGACGCACCAAAGCUCCUGAUCCAAACCUGGUGUCUCCCUCAGCUCCUGGAGAAGGAGAGGACAAGACCUACCUCCUCUUCAUCACCGGCAACCUUACCUAUUCACCUCACCAAAUAGGCAUCAAGCGGAUAAUGCCUGAUCAAAUGACGACGUGCGGUCCUGUGUUGGGAGAGGAGCGCAGUACAGAGGAAUUCUUCGACUCACUGGAUCAUGUGAUUGACAUACAUGGCCACAUCAUUGGCAUGGGUCUGUCACCUGACCAUAGGUACUUGUACGUGAACAGUCGAGCGUGGCCAGCAGGCUGUGUGAUCUCUGACCCCAUGUCCCCUCCACCCAUCGCAGAGGAGAUAGACCUGCAUGUGAUUGAUCUGAAGAGUCUUAGAGAGGAACGCCGCAGCCUUCGAGCCCACCGGGCCUUCACACCCAAUGAUGAGUGCUUCUUUAUCUUCCUUGACGUCAGCCGAGACUUUGUCGCCAGCGGUGCAGAGGACAAGCAUGGUUACAUCUGGGACCGGCACUACAACAUCUGUCUGGCUCGCUUGAAACACGAUGAUGUGGUCAACUCUGUGGCCUUCAGUCCAGCAGACCAGGAGCUGCUGCUGUCUGCCAGUGAUGACUCCACUAUUAAAGUAUGGCGCUCACCGCGCAUGGUACGGCUCGCCGAGGCACCCCAGCGCCCCCCUCGGGCUCACAAACUGCUCUCCUCCUUGCUUGGCCGCAGAAGUGCUAAUCUGAAUGGUAAACCUUGACCUGGACCCUGGCGGGCGUAACGCAAGAGGAAAGCACCACAGAAGGACACUCCAUGAGUAGAUGGACACGUGUGAGGUCAAAAAACUGAGGAUUCCACAGUGGUCUCUAUGAGAAGAACAAGUAUGCAUGCAUUCUUGUGUCUUCCUUUUGCAGGAUGUGCCGUGACCAACAGAUAGCCGGAAGAUGAGAAGCAACAAAAGAAACUCUAUACUGGUGAAAGAUUGCUGAUGCACAUGAAAACAUAGGAGACGCACAUUAAGAGGACAUGCGACUUCAAGAGCAAAGAACCAAGGAUAUUAAGGUUGCAUUCACGUAUAUGUGUCACGUGUGUGAUUUGAAAACCCAUUUAACCCUGUUAUAAUGAAUGAGGCACAUAUUUUGUUGCCACCUUUGUUAUACAGGCAGCCUGAUGUUUAGAACAAGGACAUGGUCAAAGUGUUUAAAUCCUAACAGAAAAAUCUACACUCUGCUACAAUCAUACAACACAACAAUCAUACUCCUG